AUGCCUAUGUGUCAAUACAGCAUGACUGCCGUAUCAAGUGGUGUCAAGGACUUGAGUGUGGAUGAUUCUACAACAAACAUAGACUUUGACGCCCUCAUACAGCUUGCUGCUCACCAAGAUGGCGAUACGUUACAAUUUUACGAGCUUGAAGGUCAAAUCUUAGCCUUGUGGGACAAGCUUAACGAGCUGCAACUGGAAAUUGCGGUUUUACAAGCUCAGAAAGCUGACUCUACUGAAGACACUUCCUCCUUGUCUGAGGACGAAGUUUCAAAGGAGCUGAAAAAAGCCGAAAAAGAAUGUCUUGACGCCCGCGCUGAAUAUGUCCUAAGCGGGAGCGUUAUUGAAGACACCAUAAUUACCGGGCCUAUCCUCAAUGCCAUUCAUGCGGGUGAAAAUGCCUCAGGCCCCGAGAGGACAUUGAAGCCGCUCAUUGAGCGACGCGACACACUCGAGAUGGCAUCUACAAAUUUGUCCUCCCUUCUACAAUCUACAAUUGAGAAGAAGACAGGGAUUGAAAUAGUGUGCGAUUCCAUCAAACAGAAGAACCGUGGAGUAGCUGCAGAUCUCGUGCCACUUGCCAAGAAGAUAGAGGAACGCAGAACCGUUGUUAAUAAAGAGCCACAUCUUGAAGCAAAGGUUGUAGAAGCAAAAGAAGAAGCCGACACUGCAAGAAAGCAAAGGGUCAUCAUGAAAAGUGUGGUUUCUGCCGUGAUAGCUGGAAGUGGUGUCAACUGGUCAAAGGACAGUGGUUUGAGGGACUUAGUGCUUAAGGUGGACGAUGAAGACGAUUGA